AUGAUGUCCGAUGAUUUCUCUUUCGACUCACCAUUUAGUCCGUCCAACUCGUCGAAUGUGAACGAUGGUGUCCUUGGGGACUCCAUCUUUCCCGAAUGGACCAACGGCCGAGGCGACAGCCCCGAUGAAAUGCAAAAGAAGGAUCCACUGGCGGCCCAGAUUUGGAAACUCUACACCCGCACGAAAUCCCAAUUACCCAACGCAGAGCGCAUGGAGAACCUCACGUGGCGGAUGAUGGCCAUGAAUCUGAAGCGCAAGGAGCGAGAGCAACUGGCUCGUGGAGAGAUCGAUAGCCCGACUCCGAGCGGCAUCGCGCAGAUGCGCUUGUCCGAUCGAGGAUCUACUGCGGAUUCGAACCCGUCGCAUGCCAUGAACCUCGAUGCAACCCCAGAUCCGAUGAAUCUGGAUGACUUCAUAAUUCCCUUCGACUCCCCCGAACAAUCCUCCCACCCGCAUGCCGAUCGAAACUUUACCGCGACGCCCACAGGCAUUCCUAUCAAAUCUCGCAAGGAUCAUGCCAUGAUGGACCCAUCGGUCGCCGCCUCGUUCCCCCACCCUCCCCAGGAGCAACGAACCAACUCCGAGUUUGGCUAUGUCCCCCGACGGGUCCGCAAGACAAGCGUCGACGAGCGCCAGUUCUUCAAUGGUCUAUCGGCACCCACCCGAAAGCGCCCUGCGGAAGCAUCUCCCCAUGUUCCUCCAGUGUCCAAUGCCAUGAUGUCGCAGCACUCGGAACUGUCAGCCGCGCUUCCCGAUUACUCGCUCGACCAUCCCACCCAAUUCGCCGUUCCUAGUAAUGGGUCACUGAGCUCGCGCAGGCACCAGCAUACGCCCUCUGGCCUUCCCUACGGGCUGGAUACCUUUGGCAUUGGCGAAGAACAUGGGAUGAACUCCGCCGGUCCCUAUCAACAGCACUUUACAUUCUCGCCUUCAGAUUCCCCCAUGACCUCAGGCAACCCGUUCUCGAACUUGUAUGCUCAAACACCGCUUGCCUCCUCUCUCAACUCGACCGAAUUCUUCUCUCCUCCGCCUUCUGGUUACCAGUCCACUGUGUCAACCCCACAGCCGAUUUAUGAAGGGGAGCAGUCGAUGUUCUUCUCGGAUGCACCCUCGGCCGAAUCCCACAACCAGCGCCGCAUCCCCAACUAUCUUCAACAGCGAUCGUCCAACUUAUCGGCGUCAUUGCAGCCUCGCUAUAUGUAUAAUGUGUCCAAUGGCGAGUCGCAGCCAGGCAGCGCAGCUACUGGACCCUCCGCUCCAUCGCACGUGUCUGGAUUUUCCGUGCCGCAGCCGCAGCAUGUCAAUCCAUCGCAAGUGCUUGGAUCCGGCGAGUAUUCUACGACCGCGCCCACCACUAGCAUGUUUACCUUUGGUGGAGAUUCAGACAAUGAGGACGAUGAUGGUAACUUUGAACGUGGGGGCAUUGCUAUGCCUAAUGACUUUGCCUCGAUGGAUGAGUCUAGUGAUAUGAACGGUGGUCUCCAGUGGGAUGGAGGAUUCCCUGGAUCGGUCCAGUCCCUGCCAGGUUUCACGGCUCAGCACCGUAAGCAUGUCACGAUUGGCUCCACCGAUAUGAUUGAUGGGCCUCCCGAGUGGCAUCAGGGAAGCCUUGGACGUGGGCAUGGUUCUGCCGCUUCAGUGAGCGAUGUGCGCAAUCGAGACCAGGAUCCUCGUCGUUAUGGCAAGGUCCCGCGGACUGCGUCAACUCCCAACGCUGCUGCCCUGCUCCGUCAAAGCUUGAACGGCUCGGCCAGCGGUCCUCCGACAAACCACCCCUCCCCCAAUACCCCUCCGGAGUCUGGACUUAGCAGUGCAGUACCAUCGCGACCGGCCAGUCCUGGUGGGUCAAAAAACGGCGAUCCCAAUGCCGGGCCAACCACCUGCACCAACUGUUUCACCCAGACCACUCCUCUGUGGAGACGCAACCCCGAGGGUCAGCCGCUUUGCAAUGCCUGUGGCUUAUUCUUGAAACUUCAUGGCGUGGUGCGGCCACUCUCGCUCAAAACUGAUGUUAUCAAAAAGCGCAACCGCAGCAGUGCCAACACUCUGGCCGUUGGAACUUCUCGAUCGUCGAAGAAGUCUUCACGCAAGAACUCUAUCCAGCAUGUUCCAUCUUCAUCAAUCUCAUCGCGCAUCAACGCCUCCGAAUCGCCACCCUCGAUUUCCGGGUCUAGUGGAAUUGGGAAGCCUGGUGUUGUGCCUAUUGCCGCUGCCCCACCCAAGUCUGGCCCUCCUGCUGGGGUGGCUCAAGCCCGUGCUGGCGUGCAGGUGGCUCCCAGACGGCAACGCCGACUUGAAAAGGCACCGACCGGGUCGGAACCUGAUGCAGAAGAGAGUCCCAAGUCGACUGCUCCCGCCAGUCGAUCCAAGGUCGUACCCUUGGCCCCUGCGAUGGCCCCUGCCGCUGCCAACCCGGCCAACCACAGUAUUGCUGGUGGGCAGGGCGCAAGUCAAGAGUGGGAGUGGCUGACAAUGAGUUUGUAG